CCCCAGCGCUACCCGGUGGGUAAGUGAACUAGAGCGGAUCAAAACUUGUCGUCAACACGCUUAUCCCCGCUCGGAGAAGUGGGACAUACUCUAAUACUCUUGUGGUUUCUUUCUCUUCCGGAGCUGAUUAUCUUUUUCACAUCAUAGAUUUGUCUCCGAGAAAGAUAAAGAGAAAGGAAAGAUGCCGCUUCUCCACAAAAAGCCGUUCGUGAGGCAGAAACCGCCCGCUGAUCUCAGACCCGAUGAAGAAGUCUUCCUCUGUAGAGUCACACAUGAAAUCUUCAGGACCUAUGAAGAAUUCUUUGAGAGGACAAUUUUGUGUAACAGUCUUGUAUGGAGCUGUGCCUUGACGGGGAAGCCCGGCCUGACCUACCAGGAGGCCCUGGAGAGCGAGAGGAAAGCCAGAUUUAAUCUUCAGAACUUUCCCAAUGCGUUGCUCGUCCCCCUUCUGCACCUGACAGCACUUACGCACCGCUCACGUCUGCAUGAGAUAUGCGAUGAUGUGUAUGCAUAUGUCAAGGAGCGCUUCUUUCCUGGAGAAACUGUGGAUGUUGUCAGUCGCUCUGUUGCCAGGCAAUCCUGCAAAAUAUUGGAUGUUACGCCUCCCCAUUCCAAUGGCACAGUCAACGGCCAUGUCAAACAUCACAUGGAGGGCGAUUCAAUUGUAAUCAGUGACAGUGAUGAGGAGCCCGCAGUCACUUCUCCCAAAACAUCAACUAAUGGCAAGAAGAAGAAAGCCACCAGUCCAUCUUCGUUUAAAUACAGAGUUCAGCCUGUCAGCCCAGAGGGUUGUGAACCUUUAGUAGUAAAAGCUGCUCAAAUUUGUCGUAAAAAGAACGUUUUUAGUCGAGACAGAUUGAAGCUACUUCUUAAACAGCACUGUGAACCAAUAAAUGGGACUAUCAGACUCAAGCCAUCAACAGUUCUAAAAUAUAAGUUAGCCGAACACAAUUUCUCCUACUUCUUCCCGGACGAGCCCCCAGUGUUUGCCUUCAGUCCACCAGGGAAGGGCAGAGGUCGUCGUCCUAAUGAUGCCUCUCCAACUGAGGUUAAUUAUGUUGAGGAGAAAUUAAAAUUGAUGCAGCAGAAAGAACAGAUGAUGGCCAUGGAAAAAUUCAAGAAAGAAAGAGAAGAUCUAAUAGAGGCCAAAAGGAAAGAAAAAGAGGACAAGGAGAAAAAGAGAGAGGAGAUGAAGAGGAUAGUAGAAGAGGAGAAACAGAGGCGGAAAGAGGAGAAGGAGCGAAUGAAGGUUGAGAAAGAGAGGGAACGAGAGAAGCUAAAGGAGGAAAAGAAAAAAUAUGCAGAACGACUGAAGUUAUGGAGCAAACCUCGAGAGGACCUGGAGUGUAAUGACCUUAAGGAGCUGCCGAAGCCACUUCCAGUGAAAACCCGUCUUCCUCCAGAGCUGUUUGGAGAUGCUCUGAUGGUACUUGAGUUCCUGAAUGCAUUUGGAGAGCUGUUUGAUCUAAAGGAUGAGUUCCCUGAUGGCGUAACACUGGAAGUUCUGGAGGAGGCCUUGGUGGGCUCUGAUCCUGAGGGGCCACUCUGUGAACUGCUAUUCUUCUUCCUUUCGGCUAUAUUCCAGGCUCUGGCAGAGGAACAGGAGGAAGUGGCCAAAGACCAGGUGGCGGAAGCGGACACCAAAGAUCUUAGUGAAGCUCUGGAGGAUGACGCUGACCCCACACAGUCUGCCAUCAGCGCUGUGGCAUCUCUUGCUGCUGCCUGGCCACAACUGCACCAAGGCUGUAGUCUGAAGCAGUUGGAUCUGGACAGCUGUACUCUCACUGAGAUUCUGAGGCUGCACAUCCUGGCCUCGGGGGCAGAUUGCAUGUCCACCAAUGCAAAGUUUCGCUACCAGAAACAGGGUGGGUUUGGCUCCACAGAUGACCCGUGUGUGGAGCUGCGUCUGUCAAACCAGUACCUGCUCAAAAAGCUCUCCUGCACUGCUGUCUAUGACCUGCUGCCUGGAGAGAAGCUAAAGAUCCUGCAUUCUCUGUGUGGAAAGCUGCUGACUUUGGUUUCUACAAGAGACUUUAUAGAAGACAAUGCCGACGAGCAGAGAUCUGCCAAGCAGGAACUGCGAGAGCUUAAAGCUGAACAGCAUCGCAGGGAACGAGAGGAAGCUGCAGAGAGGGUUCGAAAAAGAAAGGAGGAGAAGCUGAGGGAACAGGAGCAGAAAUUAAAAGAAAAACAUGAAAAACUCAAAGAGGAGGCAAGAAAUGGAGAACAUGUGGCAGGGGAGGAGAUGGACACCAGCACAGAAAGUCAGGAAGGUCAUGCUGAGCAAAACACUGAGGAUGAGGAGGAGCAACCAGCUAAAUCUAAAAAAGUAAAGAAAACAAAUGACACCCCAAAAGAGAAGCAGGUUGGUGAGGUUGAAACGAAAGACAGUCUGAGCCCAGAGGAGUUACAUCAACAGCAGCUCAAAGAGAGAGAACUCCUGGAGCGCAUUCAGAAAGCUAUGGCCUGCACCUACAUCCUGCCUCUCGGCCGAGACCGCCUUUAUCACCGCUACUGGAUUUUCCCUUCUGCUGGGGCACUGUUUGUCGAGGAGGACUUCUUUGGCCUGACAGAGGACAUGCUAGAGCCCCGUCCUACUCCCGAACCCAAAAUAGAAGAGCUUUUCUCAGCCGAGAGCCCAGUUAAGACAGAUGCCACCACUGAGGAGCUGGUGCUGGUCCAGAACAACUCACCGCCAGUCAACCGGCCCAAUCAGUGGUUCUUCUACAGCACACCUGAGGAGGUGGAGCAGCUCAUAGAGGCUCUGAACCCUCGUGGACACAGAGAAAGCAGCCUUAAAGAGACUUUGCUGCAGGAGAAGGAGCGCAUUGUUCAACUGAUGGAUAGCAAAGCUGCUCAGCGUUACCAUCACUCAGAUGAAUCCCUGCCAGAGACCAAAGGCAGUACUUUAAAGCCAAAAGCUGGCCCAUCUUACCCACAAAGCACUGUACCUGCUGAGCGCUUCAUGGAGAAUCGUCUCAGAGAUCUACUACUGGAUAUUGAGGACCGCAUAUAUCAGGGAACUCUGGGGGCAAUUAAAGUGAUGGACAGAAACUCGUGGAGAGCCGCACUGGAAAACGGGAACUAUGAACUGCUAAAUCCUGAGUCUAAAGAGAAUGGGCUGACCAAUGAAGAAGAGGAGCCGAUGGAAAUUGAUGAGAAUCACGUCAGAGUCAAAGACAGGCUGCAAGAAUUGAAGGCAGAGGGUCAGAGUGCCACGUCCACAACUGUGAGCACACCACAGCCUGUUAAUAACAUUGUCCACUAUUUGGCACAGGCUCUUGCACAGAUAGAGCAGGGCAUAGAGCGCAAGUUCCUGAAAGCUCCGCUAGGUGAUGACGAUGCCAAGAAAGACCAGAAGUUGAAGAAAAAGGAUAAAAAGAAAGAUGACGAUCAGUCCAGUGAGAAAGAUGAUGGCAGUGAAAGUGGCCGGCAGAUGAAGACUGUGCAAGAACGCUGGCGUGAGUCUUUGUUGGCCUGCUCCAGCUUGUCGCAGAUCUUCCUGCAUCUCUCCACACUUGAGCGCAGUGUAGUCUGGGCCAAAUCCAUCCUCAACGCCCGCUGUAAGGUGUGCCGUAGGAAAGGAGACGCUGAGAACAUGCUUCUAUGUGAUGCCUGUGACAGAGGCUAUCACAUCUUCUGUGUUCGGCCAAAACUGAAGGCUGUUCCUUCUGAAGACUGGUUCUGCCCUGAGUGCCGCCCCAAACAGCGCUCCCACAGAAUCAACUCCCGUCAGCGUUCCUCUAUUGACUCUGAAGAAGAAAUGGAGGACGAGGAGGAGUCUGAACAGGAGGAAGAAGAAUCAGAAGAGGAAGAAGAUGAGUCAGAAGAAGAACAGUCAGAGGAGGAAGAUGUGUCCAAGAAGGCUCCAGUCAAACUUCCUCUCCAGAGCAAUAAAGGAGGUCGUUUGAACACCAGAUCAAAACAGGCUGAAUCAAGUCAUUCCACGCCUCGCUCGCAGCAGAGCACACCCAAACAGGGCCAGCCUGCUAAUAAAGGAGGCUCCAAAAACUCAGGGAAGAAGUCCACCCAGGUGUCUAAUGGCAAACCUCCUCCCCGGGCAGGAAGCCGCUCCAGUGCUCGUCUUAGUCAUGAGGUGCCCGCCGCUAAUGGCACAACAGCCAAAUCCAACCAAUCCAGUCCUGCAGCAGAAAAUACAGACUCUAGGAAGAGACCCAUCACUGCAGAGGUCUCCCCAAAAACCAAGAUCGUCUUGGCUCCAACCACCACUUCAUCCAACCGUCGAAGCUCAGUGAGAAACUUAGGUGUACACGAGCUGUCAGCCUGUGAGCUGCUCACUGUGGACCUGGUCAGACACGAGGACAGCUGGCCCUUCAAGAAACUGGUGUCCAGAACUCAGGUGCCUGAUUACUAUGACAUAAUCAAAAAACCCAUCGCCUUGAGCACAAUCAGGGAAAAGGUCAACAACUGUGAAUACCAAACUGCUGCGGAGUAUAUUAAGGAUGUGGAGCUCAUGUUUUCCAACUGUCUGGAGUACAACCCAAGUAACACCAACGAAGCAAAGGCCGGUCUACGGCUCCAGGCCUUCUUCCAUUCUGAGCUUCAGAGACUCGGCCUGGCUGAACGCAUGACCCCUCCACAGAAACGGCCACGGAUGUAAACAAAAGCCCGUCUUCCACACAUACACCAACUGGCCCAGACUGAAGGCCAGUUCAUAAUCCGCUGUCUCAUUAUGUUCCGUGGCAUUUGUGGAAUGUUCAUGAACAUUCCAGUGUGGUGUGACUCAUUAAAAAUUCUACCUAGCUCUUGUUCAGUUUUAUUUGCAAUGUGCAGUGUGCAGGCGAAACGGCACUCAAGCGCCAGAUAUCAAAGGGCAUUUAUCUUCACAGCCAGUGACAGGAGUAUAAAUCGGCCUUUAAUCCUAUGGAGCAAAGUAUAAGUCCUUCACUAGCAGGAGAAGGGUAAAACAACUGCUGUGAAGAAAAAAAAUAUUUGCACUGUUUUCUGAAAAGUUAUUUUUGUGUUCAUAUUAACUCAGGACAAAAAGCAUUGUGUUUUUGUCUGCAAUUUCAAAAUGGUGCAUUUUGUUUUUUGUUUUGUACCUCAGCUGCAUUUCUAGACUACUAUUUUGUAUAGAUUUUUACAGACCUGAGUCUCCAUUUUGAUGAUAAAUUAAGUCUCACAGCUCAAAGGAACAAAUAGAAUUUCUGGUUUGUAGUUGUGAAUAGUUGUAAAGAUAAACUCAGUUCUUUUGUUCAGGUCCCUAUAGCUUGCAUAAACACUACGUAGAAACCAAAUCAUCCCAUUUUGUUGCUUCCAUUUACAGUUUUUGGUAUUUAUUUAGAUUUGGGUAUAAUUUGCUUGCUUUAUUUAUAAAAUUGUCUUUAUAGGCUGUGCCCCCCGCCCACCCUUCUCCAUCAGAAAGCUGUAUCUAUCAGUUUUUCCUCUCAUGGGUCUUGAGAUUAAUUUUACCUGCUGUGUAAAUCUUUUUUUUUUUUUCUGUAUGUAAAAUAAAUUUUGUUAAUAUUUGGCUUGA